UGGUAGGAAAGAAGUAAUAAGCAUCUGAAGAAUGAGAAACCAUACAGAAAUAACAGAGUUCAUUCUUCUGGGGUUGACAGAUGACCCAAAGUUCCAGGUUGUGAUCUUUGUCUUUCUGUUCAUCACCUAUAUGCUCAGCAUCACUGGGAACCUGACCAUUAUCACACUCACCCUGCUGGAUUCCCACCUGCAGACCCCCAUGUAUUUCUUCCUCAGAAAUUUCUCCAUAUUAGAAAUUUCAUUCACGACUGUCAGUAUACCCAAGUUUCUGGGUAACAUUAUUUCAGGAGAUAAAACCAUUUCCUUCAAUAAUUGCAUAGCUCAGUUAUUUUUUUUCAUUCUCUUGGGAGUCACAGAGUUUUAUCUUCUGGCUGCCAUGUCCUAUGACCGCUAUGUGGCCAUCUGUAAACCUCUGUAUUACUUGAACAUCAUGAAUCAAAGAGUCUGCACACUGCUUGUUUUUACUUCUUGGCUGGUUUCAUUCUUAAUCAUAUUCCCAGCACUCAUGUUGCUUUUAAAGCUUGAUUACUGUCGGUCUAAUAUUAUUGACCAUUUUACCUGUGAUUAUUUUCCCAUGCUGCAACUUGCUUGUUCAGACACAAAAUUCCUAGAGGUGAUGGGAUUUUCUUGUGCUGUGUUUACUCUAAUGUUCACAUUGGCAUUAAUAUUUCUGUCCUACAUAUACAUCAUCAGAACAAUUUUGAGAAUUCCUUCUACUAGUCAGAGGACAAAGGCCUUUUCCACAUGUUCUUCCCACAUGAUUGUCAUCUCCAUCUCCUAUGGCAGCUGCAUUUUUAUGUACAUCAAAUCCUCAGCAAAAGAUAGAGUGUCCUUGAGCAAGGGAGUGGCGAUACUAAACACCUCAGUAGCCCCCAUGCUGAAUCCCUUUAUUUACAGCCUGAGAAAUCAGCAAGUCAAGCAAGCUUUCAUUAACAUGGCAAGGAAGACUGUAUUUUUCAUAAGCACAUGAAAUGGUAUGUAGUGAUG